UCAAUGAAGGUAUUGACAGAAAAAACCCUAAGCAUAAUAAUAAACCUGUUUUAUCGUCUUGCCUACAAAGAAAAGAAGAAACCUACUGGCUCAGAAAUUGAGGAAAAAAUCAAAAUUGCAGAGCUUCGACGAAAGAAUGAAAUUGAACUUCGAGUUGCAAAGACGAUCAGAGAAAGAGAAAAAAUGCAGGCAUUUGCAUUAAAAAUGAACAAAUUGCGGCUUCAUCAUGUUGUCAUGGAAAAUGAUAAAGCACAUUGCGGGAAAACCAAGAAAAACGAUGGUAUUUUAACUAAAAAAGAAUAUGUUAAACUAGCAAGUGAACUAUCUAUGGAAUUUGAGACUCGUGCUGAAAAACUAAACGAAGACAUUAAAAUUGCAGAAAACUUACAAGUUUAAAUUAGAAACAGUAUGUAAAUACCCUUUUAAAUACACUGUACACUUUUUGUAUUUUUUCAAACCCAUGUUAAUAUUAAUUCUGCACUAGCGUCACUA